AUGGAGAGUAGUGUCACCGGCGGUGAGUAUACCGGAGCCAACAUAAGCCUCAGCGUGAAGUUCAGUGGCAGAACCAUACCCAUCACAAAUCUUUCUCCGGACUCAACCAUCAAAGACCUCAAGUCCCUUCUGCAACCUCUCACCAAUGUCCUCCCUCGUGGCCAAAAGCUCAUUUGCAAAGGGAAGCUUUUGGUGGAUGGAAUGACACUGAAGGAGUCUGAGGUCUCUAAUGGGUCCAGGAUCAUGCUCAUGGCUUCUCAGGGCUUGCAUCAAGGGGACGGGCCCAUCCUAAAACAAGCUCCCACACGCCCCAUUUCCAGAGCCAACAAUGCUACGACAUUGGGAAAAGAAAAGACAGAAGUUUCUGUUGAUAAGAAGCGGUUGGAUCGAUGGAAAGCUACUGGGGUUAUUGGACUCCGUGACUACAACUUGAGGGCUAUACCCGAUGAAGUGUGGGCUUGUGGAGCUUCUGCAAGAGUCAUUGAGCUCAGCAAUAAUGCUAUUCCAGUGGUACCUGCCAAGAUUGGCUGUCUAAGUUCCUUGCAGAAAUUGUUCCUCUCUGCAAAUGAUAUAUUGGACAAUUCUAUUAACUGGGAAGCUCUAGUAUCUUUGAAGUUUCUAACUGUUCUGUCUCUGGACCAAAACCAUUUAACGACUUUGCCACCUGCAUUGGGCUUGUUGACAUCAUUGAAGCAAUUUCACGUUGCAAACAACAAAUUGUCUAGCCUCCCAAAUGAAAUAGGACUUUUGACUAAGCUUGAAGUUCUGAAAGUCAACAAUAACAGGAUAAGCACCAUGCCUACGUGCAUAGGGGACUGUAUUGGUCUUAUUGAGAUUGAUGUUUCAUCAAAUCUUCUAUCCGAGUUGCCCGAGACAUUUGGCAAUUUGCAUAAUCUAAAGUCUGUGUGUCUCAGCAACAAUGGGUUGAAAUCCCUUCCUUCUACGCUAUUCAAAAAGUGCCUACAGCUCACAACACUUGAUUUGCACAACACGGAGAUAACCAUGGAUGUUCUUCGUCAGACGGAAGGAUGGGAAAGUUUUGAUGAACGCCGUCGCUUGAAGCAUCAGAAGCAACUGGACUUCCGAGUUGUGAACUCCGGUGCAUUUGAUGAAGGUGCUGAUAAGAGCUGA